GCCUCUUUGCAAGUCAACUCGUGUGCUCUGUGGCUGAUAGAGGCACCUCGAGCUGAAAUAUUAUAGCUCUAUUGUAUUGGAGAACGUGGUGUGACAGCCCCCGGGUUCAGCAAAUGGCCUGCUUCGUAUCGCUGCACUGACGGGAGAGUAUCGCCACACUGGCGAUCAAGCUGGCAGGGCGACACAGAAAUCAACUUUGUCUAUUUUUAAUGGACACGCUUCGAGCGGCGGCGGUGGCGGCGGCGGGCGGUUUGUUUUCCUUUCGUCUUUAUCUGUAGCUGUGAGCCCCCAGUGUGUCCCCUGAUCGUCUGGCUGCCUCCUACUCGUCCACAAACAGUCCCAUCCAGAACAGCAUGGUCAUGGCUGACACUGUGCAAAAACCGCUGAUCCGGGGUCCGGUCCGAGUGGGCUUUUACGACAUCGAGCGCACUUUAGGAAAGGGCAAUUUCGCUGUCGUGAAGCUGGCUCGACACCGCAUAACCAAGACAGAGGUGGCCAUUAAGAUCAUCGACAAGACCCAACUGGAUGCUGUCAACCUGGAGAAGAUCUACAGAGAAGUUCAGAUCAUGAAGAUGCUAGACCACCCACACAUCAUCAAGCUUUACCAGGUGAUGGAGACGAAGAACAUGCUAUACUUGGUCACGGAGUACGCCAAGAAUGGGGAGAUCUUUGACUACCUGGCAAAGCAUGGCCGUCUCAGUGAGCUAGAGGCCAGGAGAAAGUUCUGGCAGAUCCUGUCGGCGGUGGAGUAUUGUCACAACCGCAACAUCGUCCACAGGGACCUGAAGGCUGAAAAUCUGCUCCUGGACGGCCAUAUGAACAUCAAGAUAGCAGAUUUUGGAUUUGGGAACUUCUUCCAGCCCGGGGAGCCUCUGGCCACAUGGUGCGGCAGCCCGCCUUAUGCUGCUCCAGAGGUCUUUGAAGGCCAACAGUAUGAGGGUCCACAGCUGGACAUCUGGAGUAUGGGGGUGGUGCUUUAUGUGCUGGUGUGUGGUGCAUUGCCCUUCGAUGGGCCCACUCUGCCUGUACUUCGACAGAGAGUCCUAGAAGGAAGGUUUCGCAUCCCCUACUUCAUGACUGAAGACUGUGAGCAUCUGAUCCGCAGGAUGUUGGUUCUUGACCCAUCGAAGCGUCUGUCUGUGGCCCAGAUCAAGGAGCACAAGUGGAUGGCUCUGUACGCUCCUGUGCAGAGGCCUGUCCUGUACCAGCAGCCCCUGUCUGAUGGGGGCGAGGCGGCUGUGGGAGAGUACAGCGAACAGGUCCUUCGGCUGAUGCACAGCCUUGGCAUCGACCAACACAAGACUGUAGAGUCUCUGCAGAACAAAAGCUACAACCACUUUGCUGCUAUCUACUAUCUGCUGGUGGAGCGGCUGAAGGCCCAUCGCUGCAGCUUCCCCGUGGAACAGCGGCUUGAUGCCCGCCAGCGACGGCCCAGCACCAUCGCCGAACAGACUGUCGUCAAGUCGAACAGUGGUUCAGCCCAGGUGGGUUUGCUCUCGCAGGGUGUUCGUCUGUUGCGCACCCCUGCUGUGCCCCAAGCAUCCUCAGAUGCUUUCACCUUCCCCCAGACUGCAUGUUCCCUGGAACAGAAUUUCAUGGUAGAGGACGUCAACACGCCCAAAGUGAACGGCUGCCUGCUGGAUCCCCUGCCUCCCCCCACUGUCCUCCGCAAGUCCUCCACCUCAUCACCUAGCAACAUGAUGGAGAUGUCAAUCGAUGAGGGCAUUGAGACGGAGGAGCCCGAUACAGAAGAUGAUCCGGCCCACUUGCUCUCGGCCUAUCAAACAGCUCGGUUUAACCAGCGGCGACAUACCCUCUCUGAGGUGACCAAUCAGCCGGGGCCUUCAAACCAAGGUAAAUUAUUCACUCUAGGUCACAACCCUUCCAUGGGCAGCAUGGACUCAGACAUCGGCUACGACAUGGGCUCCAUGCACAGCGACCUUGGCCUGCUGGAGGAUCCCCCCUCUCUCAAUGAAUUGGUACCGGCCAACAGCUCUACCCCCGGCGUUACGCCUACUCCUUUCUUGAGCGCUCGGCCUGCAAAUCCGGCAAUGGCUGUCUUGACUUCCCAGCACAGGGAGGCGCACAAUCGCUCCCCCAUCAGCUUCAGAGAGGGACGGCGUGCCUCUGACACCUCCCUCACCCAAGGUCUCGUUGCGUUUCGGCAGCACCUGCAGAACUUGGCGAGGACCAAAGGCAUCCUGGAGCUGAACAAAGUCCAGAUGCUGGUGGAGCAGAUGGGCUCCGGGGAAGGGGGCGCCAUGGACCCUCUGGGACCACAGCACCACUUGCACAACCUCCUGGAGGGCGAUGCAUCCAAGCAGCAGGAGGGCCUAGCUUUAUACCAUGGUGGUCCGCCUCUCCUGUCCCGCAGACAGAGUUUAGAGACACAAUACCUCACUCAUAGACUACAGGCCAACGUCUUGGCUAACAGUCCUGCUAGCUGCCAACUUUUCUGUAAGGACACUCGAACUUUAGAGCAACAGCUGCAGGAACACAGUGGGGUCUGCUGCGCUCCCCACAGACUGAACCAGAAGAGGAUGUACCUGCAGCAGUCCCAGGGCAUGGGGCUACCGGUCUACUUCAACCAGAUGCAGAUAGCUGAAGGAUCCUACCCGACAGGCGGCCCUGGUCUGGACCCAGCAGCGUCUCAGGGUUCCCCUCAGGGCCCCCCUAUGUCAGCCGCCCACCAGCCUCAGCCCCAGCAGCAGGGCAGUCCCCAGCCCUCGCCUCCCUUCAGCCACCCCCACAGCAUGAGCUCCUUGAUGGAGCCGGGCCAGGGCCUGGUUUAUGAUCCUUACAUGAGCCACCACCACUACACCCAACAGCUCCCCCCUGGAUCUCACCUCCACCACCAGCUCCACCAUCCCCUUCCUCAUGAUGCCUGUGCCAGCGGCCUGGGCUUCAGCUACCCUGUAGGCUGUGAGCAGCAGGUCCUUGGGCCUUCCUUUGAGGGGCUUCACCCAGACCAGUCCGAGUUCCUGCUGGACCCUGCUUUGUUGCACCUCCCUCCUCCAGGAGACGAUGAGGCCGGGGGUCUGGCUGGUCCGGGGCAUACAGAGGGCCUGGGCCUGCCUGAGCUGCAGGGCCUGGAUAGUGAGAUGAUGGAGACAGUAGACUCCCAGCACGGCUUUGUACUGGUCAACUAAAGCCAGCUAAAGGGGUUAAUAGAAAGCAGUAUUAAGCAAUGAAAAACCUUUACAGCACUAAGAGCAGAGAGAAUGGAGAUAUAAGUGGAGGCCAUAUGCGUAGCAAUAGGGAAGGAAAAGGGUUCAUUUUUGUAUGACUAAUACAAACUUCAUUUCCUAGUGGUGAUGAACAUCAGACAACCUUUCUGCCACGUUCCUCCCUCAGCAUACCUUCCUUUCUCCCUCUAUUCCUCUGUUCUCAUCAGCUCUGUGAGGCAGGAACAGGUCAUAUCUGGCACAAUCAGAGCUUUGCCAUGCCGACUUGGUGAGGCUGUUGUCGCGGACACGCUGACACCCGUGAGGACUGCGUCGUGCAGCCGGGAGAGGCCUGCACAUCCUGCAGGCUGCCAGGGCGCGGCAUUUCACCUAGAAAUGGUUUGGAAGUGAACUCAUUUAGGACUGACUGUCAGACAACCAUAAGGACAAUGGCUGGCAGUGCUUUUGUAUUUAAAUAGGACACCAUCAACAAUAGACUGAUUCUACUUGUUCUUCUAGACUUCUGUGGAUUUCUUUUUUCUGUUUCAGUAGAUAAAAAAACAACUGAACAACAGGAAAUAGCCCUCAUUUAUCACGGUACCAUGAACAUCGCCGCAAAUUCAAGUGUUAACAUUUUUUUCUCCAUUUUAUACAACUGAUUUUACAAACUAAUGUGAGUGCAAGGCUAAUGUCAUGACUGUAUUCAAGCUUUCAACACUAACACAUACAUAACUACUCCUAAAAAUCAUCAGGUUUUGUCAUUUUCCUAAACAAAUACCUUAAGCUUCCACUAUAACCAGCGCAAACUUCUUUCAAAGCUGCAACAUGAGUGAAAAUAAUAGAUACCACACGAUUCUGUUGCCUCAGACUUUUGUGUAGGCGUCGUGACAUAAAUAAUAUUUGCUGUUUUUCUUUGUGUUUUUAUAAAUUGUAACUACUGAUCCUGAUUGAUUUCCUACACUACUGAACUGCUUUUUUUCCACCUGUACAUUAAAUCAAACACACACCUGCCAGGUCUCAUGGGGAUGAUGACCAGCCACAUGGCCACACAUAUAUAUAUAUAACAGCUGAAUUGUGGGUCAUGCGUUUGCCUGAUAAAUGAGGGCUGAUGUAAUUAAUGUGGUUGGUUGAGAAGUAGCGUUGUUUUAGACAGUCAAUAUUAUUCUAUUUUUGUGGCAAUACUGAAGCAAUAUUAAUCCUUAAUGUUGAGGGAUUAUGAAUGGAAGCCUCACCUGUACAGCCAACUCUGAUUGGUUCCUGGGGACCUCUGAGUCAUCAGCAGUGACAUCACUUGAGCCGAUGAUGUAACCAGGAGAUAAUCCCUCCCCUCCCCUCCCUGGCCCUGGAAGUGCAGGGGUGUGUGUGUGUGUGUGUGUGUGUGUGUGUGUGUGUGUGUGUGUGUGUGUGUGUGUGUGUGUGUGUGUGUGUGUGUGUGUGUGUGUGUGUGUGUGUGUGUGUGUGUGUGUGUGUGUGUGUGUGUGUGUGUGUGUGUGUGUGUGUGUGUGUGUGUGUGUGUGUGUGUGUGUGUGUUCACACUUCUUCAAAUGUUCUGCCUCCAUCACGUCUCCUCUCAGAAUAACAAAAACUGUGCUUUUUCCGCGCAGAGCACAGUUGUAGCUUUUUGAUUAAUUCUGGUUUACAUCCUCGAUGCUCUAGUCAUGCCUCUGUGGUGUUUUAAUAAUGAAUCAUGUUUAUUUUAAUGAAUUGACCCGCUGAAAAUCCUCUGCAUUAGGUUUCAUGAAAGAAUGUUUUUCUCUCUGACAUUGAGGCCGCUGUGAGACAAAGACCGACCGAACAUCAGUCACCUGACACUGGAUUUAGACUACCGGCUCACCGCCGCUCUUUGACUGACAGCAAACUAGAAACAUGAGAUUUUAGUUUUUUACAGCACAUAGACUGUGUUCAAUCUACUUGAAACGCACAGACGUAUCUUCUCUGACAGAUUUCUAAAAACAACUGCUUUUCAUUGGAAUAACAGGAGAGUCAACAUCAUAGGGUUGAGAUGAGGUUAUUGGACUGCGACCAUCUGCCAGACAGCCCGACCUUCAGUGGUUGUGGGUUAAACUGUCCAAGUGUUUGUCAGAUUAGCCUUCAAAACAAGACUGUUGCUCUCAGCCUGUAGACUAGACUAAGAUAUGUGAGAGUUCACAACAGACUCUGGGGAGUUGGUUUGCCUCUGAGCCUCGAUAGUUGAAGUAAACAGUCUUAAACAAUGGCUUGGAAAUGUGGACCAACUGUGGUUGCAGUCCUGUGCGAGACUUAAAGGAAAAUCCACCUUAAGAUGCUUUUAACAGUCUCACAGCUAAUUAACCUAGCAACUAAUGAUCACAGUUUCUGUGGCUUUUUUUAAUGUAUCAAUUGGUCAACACUUAUUCUUAUUUCUCAGGGCUCAAAUUAACAAAUUCAGUUUUAUUUGACGAACUGCCCACAUAUUUAGUUUUCUCACAAGGCUAAGUCUUUUCCGGCAAAGAAACAAGACAGAAAAGACACUAUUGUAGCUGAAUUAUUUUUUGACUUCCUAUAUUGGCUCUACUGCAAAGUGUACUUUUCUUCUUCAGUGAUGCACUUUUUUAAUCCUCUUUAUAAUUGAUCUAUAUGACAUCAAAUUGAGUUUAAGUCACCAUUUAGCCUUGACAUUUAAAAGUCAAAAGGGCAUAGAUACUCACAACCCAACAACAAUGGCCUUGACAGACCAGUGCGCUGCAGUCAUGUUGAAAAACAGGUCUUGUGGUUCGUUAAUAGUUCCACCCUAAAAUAUACAAAUGCUAAAGGUUUAUAUGGACAUACACCGGUAUUUAAUGACAGGAAUAAGCUCACACCCAGUUCGUUGGUUAUGUUAGAAAUGUCCCUUUUUAGAAUGGGAAUGAACUAGAGUACAACGCGGUUAACGCAACACUAAUAUUGUCGAUAAAUGGCACUGUUAAAAUAUCAAAGGGUGGAUUUCGCCUUUAUUUGAUUGUGAUUGUUUGCUUUCAUUUUUCAAUGGUCAGGCUAGAACAGCUACAAGAUGAUCUGUGGAAGUUGAAUACUGGAGCACUUUGACAACAAGGGGAAGAAGAGAUGUAGCUAGAGAGGAGGAGGUGGGAAAAGGUUUGCUGUUUCCUGGCAGAUCAACAAACUCUAAUCUGUAGGAAACCCCUUUCUCCUCUCUCUCUUCCCCGACAAUAAUGGACACAAAACACAUUUCUUUCAAAGAAAGACCAGACACAGUAACACUUUAUCUGAUUGUUUAUUUUAAUCCAAGAAAGAGAAACACUUGUCGGUUUACGGCGAGUGAUCUUUGUAUAAAUUAGUGGUGUGGUGAAUCUUUGGUGCACCAAGGUGAAUUUUGUGUUGAACGUGAAAAGUGUUCAGUGUGCCUUUUUACUUUUUCGUAUUUUUAAUCUGAAUUAAGAUUUUCAAUUGCACCAUUAUUUCUGGUUGGACCCUUUUUAUCAUUUAUUUUCUCAUUACUUUUUUUGUUUUCUUCCCAAAAAUAAGUAGAGCCAGGUUUUACAAAGGUACAAAACCAAAGUCCCUCAGAAGUUUCCCUGUACGACCCACCGUGUGGAGUUUUGGAGCUUCUUUGUCUGCUUCUCUGCCGUGCUUUUUCUCGUUGGUCAAUCAGUGUAUACCAUUUAAAAGUAUUAUAGCAAUAUUUCUCUAGUUGAAGAAUAAAGUCAUGAAGAUUCUA